AUGAAUUUCAUAUCGGUUAACAUUAGGGGUUUCAGAGCGGAUUUCAAGGCCGGUUGGAUCCAGGAGUUAAAAAUUAGAGAGAAGGUGUCGUUUCUAGCUUUUCAAGAGACGAAUAGGUCGGAUAUCUCUGACGCUGAUAUUGAGCGUUUUUUGGGUCGGUCGGUGUGGGCUAAGGAAGCUGUGAAUCCGGUGGGUAGAUCUGGGGGGCUUCUUUGCGUGUGGGAUCCAGGUAUGUUUAACCUCAGUUCGGUGUCCAAAGACUCGAACUUUCUUCUUCUUUUCGGUGUUAUAAAAGGGUGUAUGGAGGAGGUUCAUAUUAUAAACGUUUAUGCCCCUCAAAAGUAUGUGGAUAAACGGGCUUUGUGGAAUCGUAUCCUUGCUGCUAAAUCAGGGAGGCAUGGGCUUUGGGUUGUGGUAGGGGAUGUUAAUGCAGUGCGCUGUCCUGAGGAGCGAAAAAAUUCUAGGUUUAAAUCCCGUUGUGCUAGAGAUUUCAAUCAAUUCAUUCAUGAGGCCGAGUUGUGCGAUUUUGAUAUAAAAGGUAGUAAAUUCACCUUUAUGGUGGAGGGAGUUAACGGAAAGAAGUUUAGUAAGAUUGACAGGGUAUUGGCGUGUAAAAAUUUCCAGAAUUUGUGGCCGGAGGCUUACGUUAGAGCCUUGCCGAGGGUGCAUUCCGAUCACAGUCCUCUUCUAUUGGUGAUCAAAGACCUUAAUUAUGGAGCGAAACCUUUUCGUCUUUUCAGUUCCCGGCUCGAUAGACCGGACUUUGCCUCCGUGGUGGUAUCAGCUUUAUCUGACUUUCGUGCCGAGGGAACUCCGGAUUUGAUUUUGAUUCUAAAGUUAAGACAUCUUCGCUCAAAAAUUAAGGAAUGGAGAUACAGUAUUCGUCUCAAGGAGAGUGAGGAGGAGGUAAACGUUAAAUCAGAGUUAGAAAUGUUAGAUGAGGAAAUGGAAGUCAGAGAGAGAGCUUUCCGAGGAGGAAGAAUGGGUUCGUUUGGAAUGUAA